GCCGGCAGGUGGCGCUGACAUCAAUGUCAGUCUACAGCGCAACUUCACUCUACAACGUAAAGUUAAUGCUGCGCUGUCAACAACGUGCGUGUGUUGUGAAUGUGUAUUCAGCUAAUGGUAAUUUUCUUCACUUAGAUAGAAAUAAACCACACGACAAGAUCUAAUCUUGUUGAAAGCCUCUGGGCAAAAUGAGAAACCUCAGUCUGCUGCAGCGCUGGAGAUGUAUGGAUCUUCCGAUCCCGGGAUCUCCACAGUGUUUCACCAUCAGGAGCGAUGCUGGAACAGUGCUGGUGGCCUCUGAGCUCUCCAUCACUGAGUACGACCCUCGGACGGGAGAGGUGAUUAAAGAGGCGUCUUUGACAGUAGAUGACUAUCUUCCAGAAGAUGGUAGUGGGGUUGUGGUGGCCAUCCAAGAUCUGCCAGAUCAAGAAUCUGUGUGUGUGGCCACUGCGAAUGGUGAUGUUAUUCUCUACAACCUCAACACAAAUCAGUUAGAGUGUGUCGGUAGUGUGGACAGUGGACUAACCGGUAUGACAUGGAGUCCAGACCAGGAGUUGGUGACUUUAACCACAGGUCAGCAGACUAUUAUCAUGAUGACCAAAGACUUUGAAGCUAUCACUGAAGUUGCUAUCAAUCAGGAUGACUUUGGUGAAGAUAAGUUUAUCACAGUUGGUUGGGGGAAGAAAGAGACCCAGUUUCAUGGUUCUGAGGGCAAGAAGGCAGCCCAACGGAAAGCUGCAGAAGUGCAGCCUGCCUUGCCAUGGGACGACAGGAAGCCUAGGAUCACGUGGCGUGGGGAUGGACAGUUCUUUGCUGUUAGUGCUGUUUGUCCACUGACUGGUGCUCGAAAGGUUCGAGUCUGGAAUAGAGAAUGUGUCCUGCAGGCCACCAGUGAGGUUGUCAACGGUCUGGAGCAAGCUCUGUGCUGGAAGCCCUCAGGCAGCCUGAUUGCCUCCACACAGCGUCUCCCUAACAAACAUAGCGUGGUGUUUAUGGAAAAGAAUGGACUGCUGCAUGGAGAUUUCACUCUGCCCUUUGGCAAGGAACAGGUUAAGGUGAAGGAGCUGCUGUGGAACAGUGACUCUACUGUGCUUGCUGUCUGGAUGGAGGAUUUGAAAGCAGAAAAUGAUCAACCCAAUACAUACAUUCAGUUGUGGACUGUGGGGAAUUAUCACUGGUAUCUAAAGCAGAGUUUACAUUUCGGCCACGAGCCUCUGAAGGCCCCAGCGUGUGUGUGCUGGGACCCAGAGAAACCUUUGCGUCUUCACCUCCUGACGCGUGGAUGGGCCAGCUAUACUUACGAGUGGGGAUGGAGCACUCAGCGUAGUCAUGGCAACGAUUCAUAUGAUAAUGCCAAUGUGGCAGUGAUUGAUGGAGAUAAAGUCCUGGUGACGACAUUUCGCCAGUGUGUGAUCCCCCCACCUAUGUGUGCAUUCGAGCUUCAUCUUCCUGUUCCUGUCAACUUGGUCACGUUCCUCUCUCAAGACCAAAGGACCAAUGAGCUUGCAGCUCUCACAGCCGAUGGGCACAUUCACGUAUACAGUCCGGGUAGUGGAGAUGCUGGUGUUCCUGGUUCUGCCUUUAAAGCUGUUUCAACACCAUUGGUAUUAAAAAAGACAUACAGGGUCGCUGUGGAUCAGGAUGAACCUCUGACACUGCGCUUGCUGCUCUGGUUAAGUAAUGACACAUUUUUGACUGCGGCUCAUGAUGGGAGAAACUUGAGCCGGCUACUAAAACUCACCCCAUCAGACAGCCAGGACCUCAAGGACACACUGGAGAUCAGGUCUGAGUUACCAGUGGAUGGUCAUGUGAUCAGCUUGUGUCACAGCCUCAGAAGUGGCACCAUUGCCCUGCAGCUUGAUGAUGGACAGAUAAGGAAACUUUGCAUGGACUCUUCAGAUCUUCGAGUAACAGAAUGGAAAGAUUCUUCUGGUAAUACCAUCAACUUUCCCAGACCUUGUGUUCAAACAGCACUGUGUACCCUCGGUGGAGAGGAAUAUUUAAUAGGCCUCACAGAAAGGUCACACUUCUACAUAGGUGACUCACAGGUGGCCUAUGGUAUCUCCUCAUUUUUAGUUUAUGAUGAGUUCCUUCUGCUCACCACGCACUCUCACAUGUGCCACUGUCUAAACCUCAGCACGCUCUCCAUUAAAGGUCUGCAGUCGACUCUGAGCUCAGACGCCAGUCAGAAUGACGAGACUGUACGUAAGGUGGAGCGAGGUUCCCGAAUCAUUGCAGUGGUUCCCCAGGACACCAGACUCAUCCUACAGAUGCCACGAGGGAACUUGGAAACGAUCCAUCAUCGGGCUCUAGUGCUGGCACAGCUCAGAAAAUGGCUUGAUGGUCUCAGAUUUAAAGAUGCUUUCGAGUGCAUGAGGAAGCUGAGGAUCAACCUCAACCUCAUUUACGACCACAAUCCCACUGUGUUUCUCGAAAACGUGGAGAUGUUCCUAAAACAGAUCGACUCCAUCAACCACAUCAACCUGUUUCUCACUGAGCUCAAAGAGGAAGACACCUCCAAAACAAUGUACCCGUGUCCCGCAAGCUCCGCCUCAGGUUCUGCUCCAGGUAAAGGAGAGAAGAAAGUCGACAUUGUUUGUGAUGCUUUACGGACCACGAUGGAAACUCUCGACGCGCACAAAUAUUGUUUAUGUAUUUUGACGUCACACGUGAGAAAAACUACACCAGAAUUGGAAAUCGCACUGCAGAAGGUUCAUGAAUUACGAGUAAACCCACCGAGUAAAUCCAACGGCGUGAACGCGGAGGAAGCCCUAAAGUAUCUCCUGUUUCUCGUCAAUGUUAAUGAGCUGUACGAGCACUCCCUCGGCACCUACGACUUCGACCUCGUCCUCAUGGUGGCCGAGAAAUCUCAGAAGGACCCGAAAGAGUACUUGCCCUUCCUGAACAUGCUGAAAACCCUGGAGGUGAACUAUCAGCGCUACACCAUCGACAAACACUUGAAGAGAUACAGAAAAGCCUUACAUCAUCUCAGCAAAUGUGGUGAAGAACAUUUCACAGAGUUAUUAAACUUGGUGAAAGAUCAGAGACUGUACAGUGAUGCUCUUGACCUUUUCCCUUCAGACAGUCAGCAAUACAAAACACUGAGCGUGGCCUACGCCGAGCAUCUAGUUGAGCAGCAGCAGGCAGAGCAGGCGGGGCUGUUGCUAUGGCGAUGUGGAGAGACCGCCCGUGCUCUCCAAGCUUUCGUCAGCUGUUCGAGCUGGAGAAACGCCCUCGCCGUGGCAACACACAUCCCACUGGCCCCAGAACAGCUGACACAGCUAGCAAGAGACCUAGCAGAGAAACUUCUGGAGGCUAAAAGGCACACAGAAGCCGCUCUGUGUUUGGAGCAGUAUGCAAAGGAUUGUGAGGAGGCGAUCUCUGCACUUAUAGAGGGAUCUGCAUGGGAGGAAGCCCUGAGACUGAUUUAUUUGUACAACAGACAGGACAUCAUUGAGACUAAUCUAAAAACUGCUAUAUUAGAAGCUCACAGCAAUCAGAUGUCCUUCCUAGAGUCCCAGAAGGCUUUGUUCAUCCGUCACAAAAAUCGUCUCGUUGUGGUUCGAGAGCUUAAAGCCAAGGCCAGGCUGGAGUUAUUUGAUGAAGACGGUCCUGACUGCGCAGAUGCUGAACUCUACUCUGAAGCCAGCAGCGCGCUGACCGGCAGUCAUCUCGGUUCAAAGUAUUCCCGCAGUAACUCGCGCAUUUCAUCGAGAUCGUCCAAGAAUCGUAGGAAAGCAGAAGGAAAGAAACACAGUCUGAAGGAGGGAAGCCCGUUUGAGGACAUCGCCCUCCUGAAUGCACUUACCCAGAUCAUCACUGUUGUUGACAAGAUGAAAGAAGAGGUUCAUAGUCUGCUGAAGGUUCUUGUGCUCUUCCAUUAUGAUGCUCAGGCAAACGGCCUGCAGAGAGACUACAGUGAUUUACUCCAAAUCAUGGAGACCAGCAUCCCAGAUAUCUGGAGUGAAAAUCUGCAGCAGGGCCAAAAUCCUGUUACAGGUCCUAACUCAACAGCCAAUAGCAUCAUGGCAUCGUAUCAGCAGCAGAGACCGGCGACAUCUCCACGAGAUCCUGAAGUCCUGAUGGCACCCAAGAUGAGAAACUCUGUUAAGUGGAAACUAACUAUACUAAAAUAGUCUGCAUGUUACAAAGAAACUCUUGUAUUUUAUUAAAAUUUGCAUCGUUUUAUGGUACAUUAUGGAAGAAUUAAAGAUUAAAAAAUGUUA